CUAUUGACUAUCAUAAAGACAAAAGGAUACUUUUCGAUAAACUUGAUGUUCGAAAACUAUAUUAAUGUUUGGGGGAUUUAUUGUCAGCAAGGUUUGUCAGAAUUUCUCAGCGAGUCAUCGAUGAGACUGGCUUUUUUCUCGAUUUCUGCUUCGUCGAUUGUAAUUUUGGCCACUUACUCCGCCUCGUUUAUCAGCAAUCUAGUUCUCUGUACGCCCAAACUGCCUUUUUCCACUCUGGAGGGUUACGUUAAGGAUGGGUCUUACAAAUUAAUUGUGGUGCGAAAUAGCGCCGAGUACGACGUUCCUACUCAUGUCAAGGAUCCCGUUUUCCUGCAAAUGUACGAAUUGUUAGAAGAGAAGUAUUUGCCGCUGUCAACAACAAAGGGAUUCGAGAAACUCUGCGAGAGAAACAAGUUAGCGCUUUACGCGGCUGAGGUAUAUGAAGAGCUUAACAUUAUACCGUGUAAAGUCGUAUAUAUUGAGACCGGAAGAAUCGUCAAUUUGGCGAUAACUCUAACGAAAGAAAAUCCUUACACUGGCCUCAUGAAUUACCACUUGCGGAGAUUUCAGCUUAAUGGCGUUAUAAACAAAUUGAAAAACAAAUUUCUUAUAAGAGAUAAUCCGAAUAAAGUUUCUCUAAUUUACGGUUUGGUCGAAUUAAGCGAUGUAACGCCAGCUCUGACGAUGUUGGCGGGCUGUAUG